CCUCACAUAUUUCGGCUUCAAAACACCGAGAAAACUUCAGAGAAAAUUUCAAGUCACCAGCAGCAAGCGGCUCUGAGUUUCAGGAACUUCCACUAUGGACGCGUUGCGGGAAAAGAUUUCGGAUCUGUUCCCCAGACGCCAGCAGCCCAAGCUCAAGCAGGACGAGGGCCCUAGGAGUGAAGCCGAGGGCAUCACGCUGCCUUCCGAGCCACAAAUCGACACCCCCCUCUACCCCAGGUCGGAGAAGCUGCCACCCCUAACCAAGGACCCGCUAAACCCCCUGGUCCCGAGGGAGGAGCCUUCGAGUUCGGACCGACGUGCCCGGCAGACCAAGGAGGAGGAGAAGCGAAAGGCCCCCCUGGACAUAGACUACGAGAUGGAGUUCAUCAAUUUCGUGGACAGAAACGCUCCCAAGGGGUUUUCCAAGAGGUUCAUGGAAGUGCUGCCCUACCUGGAGCUGAGCUUCCUGUCCUGGCCGACCUUCUGGGCCUGGCGCGGCUACAACUGGCAGUUCAAGAGGAACUCCGAGAAACUGGGUGUCUACAUACACAGGACCUACCAGCAGGCCAAGGCGAUGCAGUUCUGCAUCCUGGCCACCGGACUGCUCGCGGUCUCCAUGGCGCGGCCCUCUGGCCAAGCGCCCCUGCAGUUAAGCAAAACGCUGCACGAAAAAUCCCAUUCCCCGCCCGAAGCGGUUCCUCUUGCCCAGGCUAACGAUGGGCUUCCAGGAUGUUCUGAGCAGUGUCAAGGAGAAGUCCCGGAGCUCCCCGGCGAAGCCCAAGAGUGAUACCCCAUCCUCAGGGCCACAGUUCAGGGCAGGGGCAGCAGAGCUUCCACCUCCAGCCAUGCACAAUCUGGGCGAGGAGAUUCGGCUGAUGGUCCAGUCCCGGCCCUUCGAAAGUGGAUUCACGUCGGCGGCGCCCUU